GCAUAUCAUUCACGGGUUGCCCCAAAAUUCAACUAUAAAACCAUGGAUGAAAAAAAACCCUAAAUCACAAACUCAAAAGAUCCUGUCUUCCUUCCUCCCAUGAACCCUAAUUCGGCCAUGGGUUCAAAGACUCUAGCAAUGUUGUAUAUGUGCAUGUUUUGCAUGUUGAUCACAUUGCCACCAGCUUACUCUUGGCAACAAAACUGCCCACCACCCUACCCGCCCUACGGCGGCCGCCCCUCCCCGCCGUCAACCCCCGGCCACCACCAUCCUCACCCGCCGUCGCCUCCCAAACACCGCCCAAGCCCACACCCACACCCACACCCGCAUCCACCGCCCUCGCCUCCCAAGCACCGCCCUCCAACACGGCCCCACCCUUCCCCACCCCACCCGCCCGUCGUCGUGCCACCAAUAAUCAUGCCGCCUCCGGUCAUCUCGCCGCCAAUAAUCAUGCCGCCUCCCGUCAUAUCGCCGCCAAUAAUCAUGCCGCCUCCGGUCAUAAACCCACCAGGAAUCAUCCCACCCAUCAUAAACCCGCCGGUGACGAGGCCACCGCCGUCCUCCUCGUACCCUCCCUACACCCCUCCCGGCGGCAAACCAGGAGGGGGAGGAACACCUCCGCCCCCAGCGACGUGCCCCAUAGACGCGCUGAAACUAGGGCUCUGCCUCGACGUACUGGGAGGGUUGGUCCACGUGGGCAUCGGAAACCCGGUGGAAAACAUAUGCUGCCCGGUGCUCCAAGGGCUUCUCGAGUUGGAAGCGGCCGUUUGUUUGUGCACAACAAUAAGGCUUAAACUUCUCAACCUCAACAUUUUCCUUCCUUUGGCGCUACAGCUGCUGGCGACGUGUGGCCUCACGCCGCCCAAGGGAUUUGUAUGUCCACCGCUGGUUUAAUAUGAUAUGAUCCAUGGCCGCCGUGUAUUAUCUGCUUAAUAUUCUUGGUAAUAUCAGUAGAUUCUGCUAUGCAUCGCGGUUUGGGCUUCAUUUCCUGAUUAAUUUCCUAAUAUUUUCUAAAAUGGUUUGUAUUACUACUUGUGUUUCGUCAGACUAAAAGUUUGUCAUCUUUGUGUUAUUACUACUACUUGUAUUAAUUUGAUGUUUUUAUUUUUCUUCAA